AAACCUUUUUCCUGCCUAUGUCCUGCCUGGGGAGAGAACACAGAGAAGUUAUAAACAGAAACCGAUACAUUCAUAUAUACAACACACACAACUAAAACGUGUGUUCCGCGACGAACAAGUGCUCCAUUGAACACACAUAUUAUAUCCAGAAACGCACGAUCCUAGCCCUAAUUGCGAAAUUCUGUUGACCGAGGUAAAUAUUUCAGGUCGAUCCAGCGGUCUCAUUGUCUCUUCAAAAAAUUGGUUGGUGCGUCCUUUUCAUCACUUAAUGGAGCUUAGAGUUUCAUCCCGAAGGCCACGCAUGAUAUACAAAGGUGAUCCCGAUGAUAAAGAAAUCAGUGAUGACGAUGAUGAUCGCAACCAUAAGCAUCGUAGAAGAGAUGAUGCGAGGUCUCGGUUAUUGGAGGAUGAAGUUACGGGACACAUCUUUACAAAGUCAUAUAGAAAAGGAAGUAAAUCUUUCCAAAAUAGACAUCUUGGCGGCGAAACUGGUUCUCAGUCCAAUGAAACAUGGAAAAAGUAUAGUUUUAAUCCUAUCGAGAAAGAGAUCUCUGUAAAGUUUAACCAGAAAGGACCUGGGUUAACUCAGUUUUCUAGAGGAAGGGAUUCCGGUCAAUGGGGUUUGGCAACGGUUUCAAAUUCUCAAGGUCAAUCCUGGAGUCCAUUUGGAUUGGUUCCCGGAAUUUCAAACGGUGAUCAGGAUAUGUUUCACCCUCUUGGCUUACAAGGAACAUACAGACCAGCUAUUAAUUCUUCUUUGAACACGGGACUUGCAAGACGACAGUGUCGGGACUUUGAGGAACAAGGGUUUUGCCUAAGAGGUGACAUGUGUCCUAUGGAGCAUGGGACGAAUCGUAUUGUUGUAGAAGAUGUUCAGAGCCUUUCACAGUUUAAUCUCCCUAUAUCACUUGCUAGUGCGAAUCUAUCUAUAGCACCAGUGGGGACAGGACCUACACCCUCAACUAGUGUCGUGAUGAACACGCGAUCAAACAGCAAAGGCCCGCAUGGAAAAAAUAUCAAGCAUAAUAUCGGUGACAUUGAUUCUGCUGCUGACUUUUAUGAUCCUGAUCAGCCUCUUUGGAGCAAUGAUUCACAUACAUCAACCGGGCUUCAAUCUAUACCUCAGCCAAAUGUUGGAAAAAACGAUUCAUUACUGGAUCAUGGUUUAUCUGGUGAUCAUCGCAUUGGUCAGUCCGACGGAUCUGAUAAUGAACUUGUAACCAAUAGUGGGGCUGUGCGCGCAUCUCAAAAAACAAGAUCUUCUGUACAUGGUAGAAUAACCAGCAUUACAAAAAGAACAGAAAUGGGAGAGAAUGUAAUUUCCGCUAGCAAUUCAAGUUUCCGGAAGCCGAACAUUUCAGAGUCAUCUUUGAAAUCUCAGAGUGGAAAUGGACGUAUGAACCGUAAGCCGUCACAAAAGGCACAACGUACGUUAUUUGUUAAUGGCAUUCCCCGUCAGAAUAACAAAAGGGAGCUCUUACUUUCACAUUUUCAAAAGUUUGGGGAGGUUACCAAUGUUUCUAUUCCUUUAAAUAGCGAGCGGGCUUUUGUUCAGUUCUCUAAAAGAGAAGAAGCAGAAGCUGCUCUUAUGGCACCUGACGCUGUAAUGAGUAAUCGCUUUAUUAAGCUAUUUUGGGCUAAUCGUGACAUCAUACACGAUGUCCAGACAGUUAGUGGCCGUAACAUGUCUAUACCACCCCUUGGAUUGAAAGUUUCUUCUGUUGCAAACAAAAGAAAAGAUGAUUUCCAAUCAGUAUCGCAUGAUAGCAGAGUCUCUCAUGCCUCUGCUUCUGAUCACUCAAAGCCUACGGUUGUAUAUGACACAAAAAUAACUCCACCUUUGCAAAAGAAGCUCGAGAGUCUGGAGCUUUUGAAGGAAGAACUUCGGAAAAAACAAGAAAUGCUUGAUCAGAAAAGGAAUGACUUCCGACGCAAACUGGAUAAACUUGAGAAACAGUCUACUGGUCCAGAAGGUGAAGUAGCACCCGAACAGGUUGCUAAAAAGCAGAAGUUGGGGGUUUUAGCUGAUUCUGUAACGGCUGCAACCCUGAGUGACGGGGAUCGUGAUGCUGUUGUACCAUCAGCACAAGAUGAAGUGGCAGGUACUAGUAGUAGCAAAUCUGCGGAUCCCUCCAGGAAGCAAUGUUCGAAAACAAAAUUAUCAUUAGCACUUCCAGAAUCUUCAAGCUUGAAAUCAUCUCCACUUUCAUCGUCCAAUCUUGGAUCACCUGUUGUCAGCAAUCGGUUCAAACUGGACAAUCGGCCAACUGCGUUUAAAAUUGUUUCACCUCUACCCGAUGGUCUUGCUGAUGUUCCCGUGUUGAAGAAACACUUUUCACCAUAUGGCGAUCUUUCAAAGGUGCAAGUAGAAGACGACCCCAAAACAUCCAAUGUUACAGCUCAGAUAUAUUUCAGAACACGUCAUGCGGCUGAGAAGGCGUUUGUGGGUGGCAAAUCCUGGAAAGGGCACAAUUUGCAAUUUGUAUGGCUAAAUUCUACUACCAAUUCCAGGAAAGAUGAUGUUGUUAGGCAAACUCCGUCACAUUUUUUGAAAGAUUCUUCUAAAACUACUUCCCAACAACCAUACACAUCUGGAGAUGGAGAUUCUGAAAAAACUCAAGGAGCAGAAAUUGUCAAGGAUGAUAUAGAAACUCGUCAUUCUAAUUGCAUUAGUGACACCGAAUAAACCUUAAAAGAAUGGCGGUGUACAGUAGAGUUAAGUAAAUGGUAUAUCAAGUGCUUAGUUGCCAUAGAGCAUCGCUCAAUUUUGUUGUCUCGUGCUUGCAGUUUGUAAAUGGAAUUCUUAACUGCCGGUUGGGAUGAUUUGUUCGGUUAGUUAGUUAUGUCUUCGUAUUUGUCAGGUUUGUCUAGAAUUAAGGAUUAUAUUUAAAAUUCGGUUAAAUAA